AUGUAAUAGUAAGUUCUUUAAAACGCUUUUGUUCCUACUCAUAUCCUUAUCGGCGCAGAGCAUAAAAAAUCAAAAAAAUUUGAUGACAAUCAGUAAUUAUAAAAGAUAGGUGGCCACUAUAAAAUUAAUGCUGUCAGCGUUUUUUGGGAUGAAAAGCAUGUUAUUGGUGUCUAAAUUUACUACAAAAUAGGAAAAGGCGCAAUUGGUGAUUUCUUAGAUGCUGCUCAUAAUAAGCCAGAAAAAGUUGGAAAAACUCAUGGUGCUCUCUUUGAAAUUGGUCCAGAUGACUAUUUACUUGAAAUAAAUGGAAAAACUUCUUAAGACUCUCAUUUGAAUAAAAUUGGUUUUGUAACUUAUAGAGGCAAAUAAGCCAGUUUUGGUGUCGAUGAAGGUACAUUCUUUUCACACAAAUACGAUAACUACACAUUCGGUGGAUUUAUCGGAGGAUUUAGAGAACACUUAGACUUCUUACAUAUCCCUCUUCUUCCUAUUCCCUAAGAUUUCUUAAGAGAAUUUAAACCCAUUUAAUUAAAUCUUAAUAUGAAUAAUCAAACUAUUGCCCAAGCUGAAAUUAGAAGAAACAAUACAGGAGCUCCUGCAUUUGGUAAUGGUGGAAGUAAUAAUAGUAUUAUUUAAGCUAAGUAGGAUUUCAUGUAAAUAAACAUACCUAAAUUACCUUAAAAGUUCAACACCAAUCCAGUUCCUGCUUCAAAUUAACCAAACCAAUAUGGCUAUCCUCCUUAAAAUGCUUAAAAUGGUUAUCCUCCUUAAAAUGGUUAUCCUCCCUAGAAUUUCUAUCCAACCUAAAAUAACUAAUUUGGUGGCUAUCCUCCUCAACCCGGAUUUAGUAAUAAUAAUAACAACAAUAAUAAUAAUUUUGGACAAAACAAUAUGUUAGAUAGCAAGUAUCCUAUCUUAAAAAAAUGA